AUGAAACGAGGAGUGUUUGUAUUUGUGCCUUUGUACUCUGUCUCGGUGUUCGUACUUGGUGCCUCUAUAACAGCUGGUGUAUUCGUAUUUCAAGUAGCAGUAGCGCCCCUCAUAUUCAAAUACUCGAAGACUUUUCGAAGACACUUAGUCUUUUUUAACGCGGUACAAUGGCCUGUAAGCAUAAAUUACGAAAAUCCUUCGGAAAGUGGUGUCGAAGGAGCGAGGAAUUUGAGCAUCGAGUACAAAUCCAAAGUAGACAACUGUGAUAUUACAAUCGGUAUUUGGCACAUUUUACCAAUGUCGACGUAUGAAAAGUUAAAAGGCAGCUUUGAAAGUGCAGAUAAAGAGCAACUACAUAAAUUGAUGGAUGAAGAAUUGAUCAAUUCGAAAACUCCCAUUAUGAUGUAUUUUCAUGGUAAUUCAAGCUCUCGCGCCUCCGACCACAGAGUCAAACUGUACAAGUUCUUCCAGAAAAUGGACUACCAUACCAUCGCUUUUGAUUAUCGGGGGUACGGCGACUCAACAAACGUAACGCCCAGUGAAGAUGGUGUUGUAGAAGACUCACUGAUAGUGUACGAUUGGCUUCAAAAUACUAUACAAAAAUCGGAAAAUAAACCCCCUCUAUACCUAUGGGGGCAUUCUUUGGGGACAGGAAUCUCAUCCCACCUUCUCGGUAAUUUACCGGAACUGUCGAAGAAUGUUCUAGAAAAAUCUGAACCCUUACCGCAGCCUAAUGGUCUCAUAUUAGAAUCUCCGUUUAGUUGUUUGGCUGAUGAAAUGCAUUAUCACCCUAUUGCUUCGCUAGUAUCAUGGCUGCCAUAUUUCGAGGCGGCGUUUGUGACUCCAUUCAAAGUGCACAAAGGCCAGCAGUUCUUUUCGGACAAACACUUGUGUCGAACGCCGACUUUGCCCAUUCUGAUACUGCACGCACGGGACGACGUCAUCGUACCACAUCUUAUAGGGAAAAAGUUGUACAAAACUAUAUUAGAAUCUCGAGCUAACGGCGGAGCGACCAUCAAACUUCACUCGUACGAUAAGAAAGAAAAAUUAGGCCACAAAUGGAUUUGCAACGCCAAAGAUCUGCCUGAUGUUGUUGGUGACUUCGUAACGAAUCAUCAA